AUGAAUUCUGAUGUAAAUAUGUACUUGGGCAGAGAGAAAUCAGGAAUCAUGCGAAAGAGAGCUCUGCUGCUGAGGAAAGGCUGUAGCUUCGAAAUAACGAGCUCUGCUUCAGAAGACCUGGGGUGCAGGAGAGGAGAGUUCAGCCGUAAACAUUAUGGAUCAGUGGAACUGCUGAUUUCCAGUGAUGCAGAUGGAGCCAUCCAGAGAGCAGGGCGGUUCAGAGUGGAGAAUGGCUCAUCAGAUGAGCCUACAGACUACACGCCUGGAACCUGGCGCAGAACCGAUGUCCAUCUGGAGAACCCAGAGUACCACACCAGAUGGUUCUUCAAGUACUUCCUGGGAAAAGUUCAUCAGAACUAUGUGGGUACAGAUGCAGAGAAGAACCCGUUUUUUUUGUCUGUGGUUCUCUCAGACCAGAACACUCAGAGGGUUCCCCAGUACCGGGCUAUUCUUUGGCGCAAGGCGGGUACACUAAAGAUCAGCCUUCCUUACUGUCCUACUAAAACACUAUCAGUCAAAUCCAUAUUAAGUGCCAUGAAUCUAGACCGUUUUGAGAAGGGACCCAGGGAGAUCCUUAACCCUGAGAUCCAGAAGGACUUGUUGGUGUUGGAAGAACAGGAGGGCAGCGUAAAUUUUAAAUUUGGAGUUCUUUACGCCAAAGACGGACAGCUCACAGAUGAUGAGAUGUUCAGCAAUGAGACAGGGAGUGAGAACUUUGAUAAGUUUCUGAACCUUCUUGGAGACACAAUAAACCUACAGGGCUGGGCUGGUUACAGAGGAGGACUGGACACUAAGAACGACACUACAGGAAAAAAAUCCAUCUACACGGUGUACCAGGGUCAUGAGCUAAUGUUCCAUGUCUCCACUAUGUUACCUUACUCCAAGGACAACAAACAACAGGUGGAGAGAAAGAGACACAUCGGGAAUGAUAUCGUUACCAUCGUAUUCCAGGAGGGUGAAGACACUUCUCCGUCAUUCAAACCCUCCAUGAUCCGCUCCCAUUUCACUCAUAUAUUUGCUUUAGUCAGAUAUAACAGCCACAAUGACAGCUACAGGUUGAAGAUAUUCUCAGAGGAAAGUGUGCCACUGUUCGGACCCCCCCUCCCUUCGCCACCUGUCUUCACAGACCAUCAGGAAUUCAGGGACUUUUUACUGGUCAAAUUGAUAAAUGGAGAAAAGGCCACUCUAGAGACGCCGACCUUUGCUCAGAAACGCCAGCGAACACUGGACAUGCUGAUUAGAUCACUAUACCAAGAUCUCACACCUGAUCUUCACAAGAAUAUGCUGAACCGCCGCUCCUUCAGUGACGUCCUGCCUGAGUCGCCCAAAUCUGCCCGCAAGAAAGAGGAGGCUCGCCAGGCUGAGUUUGUCAGGAUAGGACAGGCGCUGAAACUGAAGACGAUAGUGAGAGGAGAUGCUCCGACAAGUUUAGUCACCACUGGUCUGUGCAGAAAAGAGCCAUGGGAAUCCCAGUCAUUCUACAGUAAUUUCCCAUAUGAGAUUGUCUGCGGAGACUCCUGGGGUCAGUCCUUACUGGUUGCCACGGAUACAGCAGGUGUGAUGUUGCUAGAAGAUUCUCCGUCCAUGCCCCCGGUGCAGGUGUUUGAUAAAACUUUGACUGUCAAACAGAUGCAUGUGGUUGAGCCGCAGGAUCUGCUCAUCACAAGGACUGACAAAGGGAAAGAUGCCCGUCUGUAUGUGUACAGACUGAGCGCGCUCAAAAGAGGCAUAGAGGAGAGGCAGCUCGUUCGCACUAAGUGCGACAGCCGAGAGAACAAGCUGGAGAAAACCAAAGGCUGCCAUCUCUAUGCCAUAAACACACACCAUGGAGCAGAGCUUCGUAUAGUUGCUGCAAUAAGAAACAAGCUUCUGCUCAUCACUAGGAAACACACACGCUUCGACAGCCUCAGUGCCAUGGCCACAGUGACAGGAAACACAACCUCUCCUGUGGAGGAAUUCCAGUACAUACGGGAGAUCUGCCUGUGCGAUUCUCCGGUUGUCAUGACACUGGUGGAUGGGCCAACAGGUGAAAACGACAACAUGAUCUGUGUGGCGUACAAGCAUCAAUUUGAUCUGAUCAAUGAGAGCACAGGAGAUGCCUACAGACUACACCAUGUGGACACCAACCGGGUUAAUUUUGUUGCAGCCAUUGAUGUCUAUGAGGAUGGAGAGGCUGGUCUUCUGCUCUGCUACAACAACAUCUGCUCCUAUAAGAAGGUGUGUCCAUUUAACGGGGCCACGCCCAUGGUUCACCCCAACACCUCUGACUUCCACUUCAGCUGGAACCAAAUGCCAAAUGGCAUCGUCUGUGCAUUCCCCUACAUCUUGGCCUUCACCACCGACUCCAUAGAGAUCCGCUUGGUCGUCAAUGGCAACCUCGUGUACACUGCAGUGGUCCCAGAACUCCAGCUGACUGCAGCGAGGUCGGAUAUCUACUUUGUGUCGUCAGCUCCGGUGAACUCUGUCUCUAACUGUAGCUCCAGAGACACCAGUUCUCAGAGUUCCCCCCAGACUCCCACCGGAUACGAGAUGCCCAUCUUCCCCUCGCCUCUCGGAGAUGGUGAAGCUCCCUCCAGACAAAUCUAUAAGAUUCCUCUGAGUAACCUGGUGGGACGCAGCAUAGAGAGGCCUCUCAAAUCCCCUUUGGUCAAUAAAGUGGUCACCACCCCUGCCCCCAGUGUGAUCGCUCCCACUCCGUCUAUCCAGACCACACCCUCUCUCUCUUUGUCCCGCAUGGAGAUCAAAGAGAUCGCCAGCCGGACACGCAAGGAACUCCUGGGUUUGACUGAGGAGUCCACUGGCAGGUCAGACAGCAGUUUGGUGAAACACAGGAAGGCGAGUAAGAGAGUGACAGAGGAGGACCAGAGGAGAGCAGCAGCACCGGCCAGCAGCACUGACAGGGUGCUGGUGGAGACACAGGACGGAGAGUCAGACGUCCAGCAGUGUGUAUGCUCCUCAGCGACCGAGUCUCAAGAGGAGAGCCUGCCUCUGGUCAGCCCCUUCACUCUGUCCACCUCCUCUGAGGAGGAUGUCCUGGACCUGAAGUGA